CCUGGGAGACCCCGCGCCGGGCGCCGCUCGGGCCCUCACGUUGUCAUGGAUGAUGAAGACGGGCGGUGCCUCCUCGAUGUCAUCUGCGAUCCUCAGGCCCUGAACGAUUUUUUACAUGGAUCCGAAAAGAUUGACAGUGAGGAUCUCCUGGACAACUCAGGAGAUGCUGCCAGUGCCUUUUUUGAAGGUGCUGGGCUCCACGGGCAGGAGGCCGCCGGGAACCCCCUGAGCGCGGAGCCGAGCCAGCCGGCGGCCAGCGUGGACCUGGACUUCCUGGAGGAUGACAUCCUGGGCUCGCCCUCGGGCGCCGGCGCCGGCGCCGAGCAGCCGUGCGACAUCCUGCAGCAGAGCCUGCAGGAGGCCAACAUCACCGAGCAGACGCUGGAGGCCGAGGCCGAGCUGGACCUGGGCUCCUUCCAGCUGCCCGCCCUGCAGCCCGUGGUGCAGGCGGCGGCCGACGGAGCCCCCCAGCUCUUCCCCGGCGGCGCCGCCGACCUGCUGGGCAUCCAACCCCCCGCCGUGCUGGCCCACCAGGCCCUGGUGCCGCAGCCGGUGGGCGCCGACGCGGUCGGCAAGGCCAUCGGCGUGCAGCCCUUCCUGCAGCAGGUGGGGCUGGGCAACGUCACCAUCCAGCCCCUGCCCAACCUGCCCGGGCUCCCCAACGGCAGCCCCGGCGGCGCGCUGGGCCUGGGGCCCAUCCAGGUGGUGGGCCAGCAGGUGAUGGCCAUCAACCAGCCGGCGGCGCCGCAGCUGCUGGCCAAGCCGGCGCCGGUGGCGGCCGUGGGGGGCUACAUCGCCCAGCCCGAGGCGGCGCUGGCGGCGCCGUCCUCGCAGGGGGGGCCGGGCCUGGUGAUCCAGAAGAGCCUCCCGGCCGCCACCACCGCCCUCAACGGCAGCUCGGUGUUCGGCGGCGUCUCCCCGGCGCCGCUCACCGUCACCUCCGGCCUGGGCGGCUCCCUGGUGCCGGCGCCCAACGUCAUCAUCCACCGCACGCCCACGCCCAUCCAGCCCAAGCCCGCCGGGCAGGUGCUGCCCCAGAAGCUCUACCAGAUCACGCCCAAGCCCUUCCGCCCCAACUCCGGCGGAGCCGCCGCGCUGGCGCUGCCCGGCGAGGCCCCGGCGGCCAAGGCGCCCCAGCAGCAACAACAACAGCAACAACAACAACAACAGCAGCCGCAGCAGCAGCAACAGCAGCAGAACUUGACCUUCAUGGCCGGCAAAGCGGCGCCCAACGUGGUGCUCUCGGGCUUCCCCCCCAACGUCUUCAAGCCCCCAGGGGCCCCCCAGGCGGCGGCGGCGGCGGCGGCGGCGGCGGCGGCGGCGCUGGGCAAGCCCAUGAGCGUGCACGUGCUCAACCAGGGCGGCAGCAUCGUCAUCCCCGCGCAGCACUUCCAGGGCCAGAACCAGUUCCUGCUGCCGGGCCAGCUGGCCCAGCCGCUCUCGGCGCUGCCCGCCGGCGUCGGGGGCCAGAUCCUGGCGGCCCCGCACGGCGCCGGCCUCCUGGCCGGCCAGGGCGCCGCCGGCGGCGCGCAGCUCAUCGCCAACCAGGCCCUGCCGGCGCAGAUCCUCACCAACCAGAACCUGGCGGGCCAGCUCAACCUGGGCCCCGUGCUGACGUCGCCCAACUCCCACGGCACCGCCCACAUCCUGUCGGCGCCCAUCCAGCUGCAGCCGGGCCAGGUGGGGCAGCCGGCGCUCUUCCAGAUGCCGGUGUCGCUGGCGGGGACGCUGCCCAGCCAGAGCCAGGCGGCGGCGGCGGCGGCGCCCACGGUGAUCCAGGGGGUGACGUUGGCCAGCCAGGUGAUGCUGAGCGCCGGCGGCGGGCUGGGCGCGGCCGUCGGCAUCCAGGCGGCCCCCGGCGCCGCAACCGCCGCUCCCCCCGGCGCCAGCCCCGGCCCCGGCGCCGACCCCGGCUCCGUCCUCACCGUCCAGCCCCCCGCGCCCGCCGCGGCGCCGGCGUCGGCGUCGCUGCAGCUCAGCGUGCCCGCCGUGCCCGCCGGCACCUCCCAGCCCAGCCCGGGGCUCGCCGGCAGCCCCGAGAAGAUCCUGCUGGGAGCGGCGGCCGCGCCCGGCGCCGUCCUGGGCCAGGAGUCCAUGCAGAUGUUCCUGCAGCAGGUCCCUCCGGGGCUGCUCCUGCAGCCGAAGCCGCCCCCGUCCAGCCCCGCCCCCUUCCCGGCCCCGCCCCCUCCUCAGGCUCCGCCCCCGGGCGGGGCCUCCGUCCUGCUGGCGGCCACGCCCACCCACGGAGCCACGCCCACCAGCACAGGAGCCCCCUCGGAGAGCAAAUCCUUCGCCGUCGUUUCCGGGGCCGUUCCUGCCGGGAAGGGGCUCCCAACCACGCCCAAGGCGGGGCCGGCGCCGCCCCCACAGGCGAAGCCGGGAGGGAUCAAAGGAGCCCCCCAGACCCCGGGGGGGGGGAAGGGACCCCAAACCCAGCCCGUGUUGGAGGUUGUGAAGAAGGCGCCGGCGCUGCAGCCCAGCAAGGAGGCCUGCCUCCUGGAGCAGCUGCACAAGCACCAGGGCUCGGUGCUGCACCCGGAAUUCCGGAGCCGCUUCCGCUCCGUGGGCGACGCCCUCCGGAGGCUCCUCCCCUACCACGUCUACCAAGGGAUGCUCCCCCAGCCCUCGGAGUGCAGGAGGGUGGACGAGGAGUUUGCGGCGGUGUCGGAGCAGCUGCUGCGCCGGACGCGGGCGAUGCUCAACAAGUACCGGCUGCUCCUCCUCGAGGAGUCCAGGCGGGUGAGCCCCUCGGCAGAGAUGGUGAUGAUCGACCGCAUGUUCAUCCAGGAGGAGAAGACGGCGCUGGCCCUCGACCGACAGCUGGCCCGGGACAAACCAGACGAAUACGUCGUCACCUCCUCCUCCUCCUCCUCCUCCUCCUCCUCCCGCCCCCACUCCCUUCCCCCUCCUUCCUCCUCCUCCUCCUCCUCCUCCUCCUCCUCCUGCCCCGCCCCCUCCCCAAACCCUCGGAGCCCCCCAAACCCUCGGCCCCUCCCCUCCGGCCCCUCCCCGGCUGCUGAUCAAGCGCGGGGGCUCCCCUCGGUCACCUGGCUGGGGGACCCCUCCCCCGGGACCCCGGGCCUCCCCACCCCCUGCCCCUCCCCUCCCCAGGCGCGGUGCCGGGGUGGGGAGGGGACGAGGAGGGGCCGCUGCCCUCGCGCAGCCGCCCCCCCAUGA